AUGACCGCAGUCAGCUUUGAACCUCGCAACAGCCUUACCGGGCGCAUUGCGGCACUUGAGAAUGGGCUCACAACGGCCCGCAAAUAUAUCUGCAGCGAGCGCCAGGCGCUGUUGGACAUGUGCGAUGCGUGCGACGACGGCGCGCCUGAUCUGGCAACUCUCUCGCCCGCAAUGCGCGCCGAGCUUGAGGAACUUGUCGCGGACCUUGCCACUGUCGAUGCGUUGCUCGCGGGUGGUCCGCGAGGCGGUGUCGGCGACGGUAUCAUCGUGGUCGGUGAUGACCGUUACAUGCGUGAUGCUCGCGGCAGUCUCACGCCAGUCAACAUGAUCAAGGCGAAAGACCAGCUGCAGGAUGAAACGGUCCGCAAGGUCAUCGGAUACGCAGUUGAACUCUCGGAACAGGUCAGCCGCUUCGCGGGGCAUACCUUCGCUGAUCUCAACGCCUUCCAGUCGCUUCUGGAGCAGGAAUACGGUGCGCCCAAGGGGGGCGCGAAGGGCAACGUGACCUCUCAGAGUUAUGACGGGCUCUACAAGGUCACGGUCCAGAUUGCUGACAUUCUGGAUCUCGGCCCAGAGCUUCAGACGGCCAAAGCGCUGUUCGACGCGUGCCUGCUCAAAUGGGGCGCAGAAAGCCGCCCCGAGCUGCGUGCCAUCGUGAACACCGUGUUCUCGGUCGAGAAGGAAGGCCAGAUCAACCGGUCAGGACUGUUUCAGGUGCUUCGCCUUGAGGUGGAUGAUCCCGACUGGACCCGGGCGCAGCAGGCCUUGCGUGACGCCAUCAGGCCGGUGGCCACCAAGCGGUACACGCGGUUCUACCGGCGCGCGAGCGUGGAUGCCCGGUGGGAGCCAAUCGUCAUCGAUCUGGCUCGGGCAUGA